GCUGUGCAGCUUUAAAGUGCUUCUCCAUGAUGCCUUGCGGUGUCCCGCUCGCGCUCACUGUAUUUACUCGCGUGAGAGCAGAGCAGAGCUGCUGCUGCUGCUGAUGUAACGGGCCACACUGAACUUCAGCGAGCGGACCCUCCUAACGGACCUGGACCGGACGGCAUUUACUGACAUCAAAUGAAAGGAGUGUUUACGAUACAUUGAAGGAAAAGCCAGCUCAUCUGAUUAAAUCUCGGUUCUGCUUUGGGGAAGCGAAGUGGACCCGGACUGAGGAUUUUGGCGGUCUGGGACUGAAGACACACGCAGUGAUAAGGGCAGCAUGCAGACCAGAGAGCUCGUAACGGGUGUCUGCAGAAGUGAGGAAUGACAUCAUCCAGAUGAGAGGCAUGGAGCUGAAGGUAUGGGUGGAUGGAGUGCAGCGUAUCGUCUGUGGGGUCACAGAGGUCACCACAUGUCAAGAGGUUGUGAUCGCUUUGGCCCAAGCAAUAGGGCGGACUGGUCGCUACACGCUAAUUGAAAAAUGGCGCGAGACAGAGAGGCACCUGGCACCCCAUGAGAAUCCUGUGGUUUCUCUGAAUAAGUGGGGUCAGUAUGCUAGUGAUGUGCAGUUAGUGCUUCAACGUACAGGCCCUUCUCUGAGCGAGCGCCCCACUUCGGAAACCUCUGCAAGAGCCCCUGAGCGCAGCCUAUACCGCCAAAGUCUCCCUCCAAUGGCAAAGCUCCGGCCCACAGCCAAUGAUCGUUCCCUCAAACGCCGUGAACCAAAACGCAAGUCCCUCACUUUCACCGGUGGUGCCAAGGGGUUGCGUGACAUCUUCGGGAAGAGUCGUGAGGGUGAGACCAAGCAGAGAGCAGUGAACACAAACCGCAGCAGCACACCAGCACCUCAACAGGAGCUGUCCCGCCUGGUGCAGUUGCAGAAAGACAAGCUGCGCGUCCUAGAGCAGAAACUGCAACGCUGUGAGAGUGAGUUGCAGCAGCAAUUGACGGAGGAAGAAGAAGAGGAGUUGGUCGAACUAGAGCAGCAGGUCCGCAGGAAUGAGGCGGAGAUGAAGGAGCAUGAAUUCUGGGAGAAUGAGCUGCAGAUUGAGCAGGACAACGAGAGGCAACUGCGCGAGCAGCUGCAGGAACUGCGUAGCCGUGUACAAGAGUGCGAGGAGCAGCUGGGAGAGUACCUGGCUCGUAUUCAGUGCAUGGAGGCAGGACUGGAGGCAGAGCGCCUACAACAAGAGCUGAUGGAGACGCGACUAGCGGAUGAAAUGGAGGUACGGUCACGACUGGACAAGGCUCGUACCGAGCUGGACAUGCAGGUGCAGCAGGCUGCAAGACUGGAGAGCAGCUGCAGAGCUGUGGAGCUCUCGCUUGGGCAGUCAAACAUUAGGCUACAGGAGAGAGAGCAGGAGCUGGAACAGUUAACUAAGGAGCUGAGGCAGGUAAACCUUCAACAGUUUAUUCAACAGACUGGCACCAAAGUAACAGUUCUACCAGCAGACCCCAAUGAGGAGGAAGCUAACACAGAGUCAGAAAAUCAGUCUGGAUCUCUGAAGCGGCUUGGAUCAACCCGACAACUUCCCGCUGACCUACGAGUUCUGCAGAGCCCCCUGAACACAACCUUUAACCCUGAAGGCAUCUAUGUCUGAUUUUGCACUGGCAUCAACAUCUAAACGCAGUCCGCAUUUCCCACAUGACUCCGCAUCACUCUGAUUCUCUGGCCAGAUCACACUCCCUGGAAAUAUAGGGGUAUCUGUUGUUCACUCUACAGAAAAUAAGCAGUGAGCAUGUUCGCAGUUAAGAUUCCUUCCUCUUGAUGGCUGUUUGACUAAUCCAACCCAAUCAGUGCUUUCUCCAAAUCCUACAAAGACAUCUACAGCUGAAUGUAAGCUCACUUUCUCUGGACCCAAAACGCAGUAAGGCUUUGAACACGUAUUGAACAAGGCAACUACUAAACUCAUACAGAAAAAGAGACAGAAUACAUGCUGCCUAAGCCUACGUUCAACCCAUCGACCUUCUUGUGCAAGUUAGAUUCAUUUCUAGAAUGUUUCUGAAUCUCCAGGUAAACCUCACACUCAAUGCGAUAUGCAAGCAGCAGGAAUUUUAGGGAGAUGCAAAGAGAUCGUUGAGGAUGAUAAAUUAUGCAGUUUAUAUUUUAUGGCUCAUAGUUGUGAUGAAAGCUUAUAGAAAGAGGUGGGGUUUCACCUUAGUUUGCACUUUAUUGGCCAAAACAUCUGCUGUGGAAUUUUACAAAAAUCUUAAAAGCUGAAGAAUCAUUUUCUGCGUUUGAUCGCACUAAUCAGGAAAAGGUGCAUGCGAUAUUUUAAAAUAGUGUGAGGGUGAGUAAGAGAGGUGUUUUUGCAUGAAAGCAGCUUGUGACAAGUGAAAUUUGUUACCUUUUAAAACGAAGCAACCUGAUUUUGCGCUGAACAGCUUAAUUUAAAAAAAGCAGCCUUUUAAAUUAUGCAAGUACAGAACAAUGUAGUUACGCACAAGUCAUUCUAAUGACUGGUCUAAAUCAAUGUGUUCUGCCAGUGAACCUUUUUGGCCAAUAAAUGCAUUUUAUUUCUGACACUGAAUAUUUAGUUUUAUUUUUUAUUUAGCUGAUCUCACUAAAAUACUAUCCACAUACUAGCAAAAAUCACACUAGUUGCAUAUAUUUUAAACUAAACUUUAGAGUUUUUACUAGUUUUCAGAACUAUAUUUUAUUUCAGAUCAAACCAAAGUGUUCUGGAUGUCAUGAAUGUAGAGAUUUGUAAUUGUGCGUAUGUGCAAAGGGAAGCAGCUCCAAAAAUAUUUUGUUGAUGAAAUUUUUUUUUUUUUUUGUGAAUGUUUAACUGUAGUAGCACCUGCUUCCCUUAAAACCACAUUCACACAGAUGCAGAAUGACUACAUUUAUUUUUACAUUUAUUAUGGACAUAAGCAAGGAGCUCUUGGAAGUGUGUACAAGGAAUUGCUCAUUUAGAUUUGCUGUAGUAGCUUCUGGAUUUGUUUUGAUAUUUUUGUAAACUAAUCAAACUGAUUCAAUUUUAUUUUAUUUUUUCAAAAAACACUAUUUUGGCAUUAAUGUUGUAUUUUAACGUGAUGUUCAUAGAUGACUAAAUUGUUUUUUUCUCUUUUGGUUUAAAGCCUUGCACAUCAUGUUAAGGUAUAUACGUUCAAAACAAAAUCCAUCUGCUUCUACAUUUGGAUAUUUUAUUUUUGGAGCAGUUGUAUGUUGAUUUCACACAGAACUGGUGCUCAUAUGACCUGCAAAAGAGCAUUCGGGUGUCUGAAUGCUGCAUGACUUGAAGAACCAUCUCUGUGUGACAAGGGGAAUGUUUGAGACGCAUGCCUUUAUAAAAAAAAAAAAAAAAAAUAGCAAUGUGUAAAUAGCAUAUAGCAACAUAUCAAUAAGUAGCAAAGAUGACUAUUUUUAAAAAUUGCACAAAACUCUCUUAACAGCUAAAAUAAACUAAAUGUUUUUAUUUUUAGCAUUGUUAGGCUGCAUGCACUGAUGUUCAGUUUUAACCUUGUGUGAGAGGCCUGAGGAUUCACCUAUGGCACUUAAUACAGGUAUAAUACUUAACGGGGUUUUAUUAAGGUGUAACAUGGACUGUGCUAAAUGCCCGUAUAAAUAUCUGUGCAAUUGUAACAGGCUUGAGGUUUGGGACUGAUGUGUGUGCAUUAAAAAUUAACGGUGUGUAUUCUAUCACCUGCUGCUAUGCACACAGGUGUAACUAAAAUAACAGUUGAUAGUUCAGAUCAAAUGGCAUCAUGGUUUGAUAUCUCUGGAUCAUAAGUUUUGACCUUUAAUGCAGUACCAAAAUCCCUUUGGGCAACUUCACUUCUAUUCAGCUCUAUUUUUAACAAAUUAUGUUAAUUAUGUCGUUUCAUUCUUGAGAAGUGUCAAAUGCCUGGAAAACACAUUGAAAUGAUUUAUGGUGACAUGUUUAUUGAGCAGCAUAAACUAUUUAUGCCAUCAGUGGAAAAGGUGCAGUAACAUUGUAAAAUACAAAAUAAAUUUAGAAUAGAG